GGAAAUGCCCUCCUCCUUCAAUGGCUCUUUUGGUAAAAUUGUGUACUCACUGGAAGCCAAGCUGAGCAGAUCAAUGAGGAUUGAUAAAAAAGAUUCAACUAAGAUCAACUUUGUGUCGAGGGCGGACCUGAGCAGUGACCCUGGGCUAAUGGUGCCGCAGCAUGAGUCUAAGGAUAAGAAAAUGAAAAUUUUCACCUCAGGAACAGUAGCUAUGGAUGUGAAUCUUGAAAAAACAGGUUUCUUCCAAGGAGAAGGAUUAAAGGUUCUGACCUCCGUUCACAACAACUCAUCUCGCGAGAUCAAACCCAAGUACUGCGUGUACAGAAAGCACAGCUUCUUUGCACGAGGGAAGAGAAGAGUCUGUACUAAAGACCUCUUUAAAGAGGUGGGGGAGCCCAUCCCUCCUUCUACUAAAGUUAAUGUUACCCAAGUCCUCCCCAUCCCCCACGACGUAGAGCCUUCCAUCCCCAACUGCAGUAUCAUCAAAGCAGAGUACAGACUCAGG